UCCAUUUGAACCACAACACCAAAGACAGAUCUGGAGAUUGUUUUUGUUUAUAUUUUGUCUACAUCUGUAUCUAGAUACAUAGAUCUAGAUCUAUAAGUUAGAUCUAAUUAUAUAAACAAAGUUGUAACCAUGGCAAAAUUUAUGGAAGUAGGUAUGGAGUUUGAGUCAUUUGAUGCAUUUCAAGCAGCAAUGGAACAAUAUGAAGAUAGCCACUUCGUGCAGUUUUCAAGAAUAGACUCACGAACAGUGGAGAAGGCACAGGAAACUUCACUCACAAAAACUUUUAAUCCUGAAAUAAAAUUUUCACAACUUCAUUAUGCUUGUACUUUUGGUCCAAAGAAAGCCAUGUCCCGGUCAAGUGGUAUAAGAAAUGCAACAUCUCGUAAAAUAGAUUGCCCGGUACGCCUGAGACUUGCUGCUACUCCAGAUGGUCAACGCUUGGUCAUAAAAGAAAGUAAACUAGACUGUCACAACCAUGAAGUGACUGAGGAGCAGUACCAGUCUCUGUCAAGGCAGAAGCAGUUGGAUGAAGAAACUGAAAAUGAAAUCUACAAUUUAAUCAGUAUGCACGAAGAUAAAAGGCUGGCUCGAAUGUUGAUACGGAAUAAGUUGACGAAAGAAACAGGAAGGACGAUAUCUGUGAAGGACAUAUUGAACAUUGAGAAAAGAGUGUCUAAAAGACUUGGGAAAGAUGAUAGUAGUACUAAAGAUAAAAAGGACAAUGAUGAUCAAGAUGAAGAUUCUAAAGAACCAAAUGAUGAAAGUUCCAAUGAAAAAGAUGACACACACGAAGAUUCUCAAGAAGAAGAUGGUGAAAGCAACCAAUCUAAAACAAACAAAUUAGUGCCAAAAAUAUCACCAUCUAGACCACAAAGGAAUCGAAGAGAACCAAGGCGAUUCCGGGAUGCUAUAGAAAAUGGGGAAAAGAUACUACACACAUCCAAAAACAAUGUUGUCAGCAUUCUGUCUCCUGAUGAUAUUGAUGACGACGAGUCCCCCACCUUCACCCUAGCAGCAAGUAAGAAAACAAAUGCUAAAGUUAAAGAAGAGGUAACCACGGUGGGUAGAAAAAGAAAAUUCAGAGCCUCUUCAGAAGACCAGGAAGUCAAUUCUAAAUCUGAUUUUGAGGAAAGAAAAUUGGCAAUAAAAGAGGAACUGCUUGAAAUGGAAAAGAAAAAGAUGAAAAUUUUACAAGAAAUUCUAAAAAAACUAGACAAGGUGAUAGAGAAUCAGAAAAAAAGCUGAAAGACUUAUUAAUUCUGUAUAUAUGUGGAUAUUAAUAUUUUGGUUUACAAGGACGGCAUGUUUUCAAUGCAUUUUCUUGAAAUGUAAAUACAUUUAUGUAAAUUGUGCUGGCCUCUCUAGCUACAUUUUCUCUAAGGUCUACAAGAUUACUUCCUGGUUUGUUGAACAAACAUUUUUGUUACUUCCAUAACUGACUUUGAUUAUCUUGAAUUAAAUACAAUGAAAUAUAAGAAGACUUAGUUCAAUGCUUAACAAGAACUGUGGUUUAAGCCUUCUCUUUCAUUGUGUUCAGAACACUCAUAUUCUUAACUGAUAAUUUACUUUUAAGCAAAGCCUUUUAAAUUUCAAUUUGAAAGAUGCAAUGUUAUUGGUAAAGGCAUUUUCCUUUUUUUUUAAUUUCAUACUAGAGUUCAAUGUUAAGUUUUUGUUUUUACACAAAGUGUUGACUCAGUAACUGUAUAACUGUGUGUAUGAGGUGGCAGGCAUGAAUGGGUUUCCCAUGUUCUUCAAAUGGCAGCAUUUCUGUGUUUUUGAAUGAAGAUUCAUUCUUGUCAAUAUGAUGAACAGAUAUUGGACAUGCAAUAGAACUAUAAACAAAUGCUGAAUGUUCAGCAGAACUCAAUGUAUUUAUUUAACAUGUUUUUAUCUUAAUAUGUAACAGGUUUUUAUCUUAACAUCAAUACAACUUGAUCAUGUAUUGAAACAAAAAAAAAAGUGUAUUUUUUUCUGUAGUAUGUUGGCAGUACAGCUAUAAACCACUUUUAGGCAACUUACAAACUAACAUAGGUUUUUGAAUUAAAAUAAUACAUAUUUUCAAGACAACAUGAAACUAUAAUGUAAAAUAACAAGAGAUACAUUUAGCACAGACUUUUUUUUUUAAAGUGCCUAAGUUGACAGAUUCUAUGUUAGCAUAGAAGUUAUAGUGACAAUUAUAUUGAAUUAUUUCAAAAUUUAAAUGUUUCUUUAUAGAAUCUAAAAGUGAUUAGUGUAAACAUUUAUAAAAUUACAGGUUAAAAAAAAACAACAGUAUAAAACGAAAUGGAAGCAUGUUCUAUGACAAUAACCACUGGAUUUUAUUGCCCUUUUCUAGAAUUACUUUCUGCUAAUAUUUUAUUACUUCCAGGUGCUUUUUAAAACUUAUCACAGGUUGAUAGUAAAACAAGAAAAAUUCAUUUUAUAGCUGUUUUGAUUCAUAAAGCAAGUUCAGGUAGAAGGAAUUAAAUUAUUGAACCAUUGCACUAAUCAAUAUUAGUCCCAAAGUACUGUAUUCCUCCACUUUGUCCAAUUUCCAUUAUAAACUAUAGUCAAGUUACUAACUAGCUAUUGACUGACUUGGCAGUGUUCUAAAGGACCUAGCAACAUCUUGUGUAAACAAACUAAAGAUGACUUGUUCAGCACAGUUGUUUCUUAAUGAUGGAGGGAUCUAAAUACAUUUACAAAUUGAAAAAAAAAAAGAUUCACUUCAUAGAAAAAAAGUUAGCAUAUGUACAAAAUAUAAAAUCUUAAACCAUGACUUUAAAAAUGUACAACAAAUAAAAAUUAAAAUAAUGGGUGCUAUCCAACUUUAAUUUUUGGUUAAAAUCAAUUAGCUGGUUAUGAAGAAGUACUUUAACAGUGUUACUGAUACAAUGAUUUAUUGAGUCUUAUUUAAAAUAAAUUUAAUCAUAGCAUUUACGAACACAAUUCAGUUUACAAAAGUCUCAGUAAUUGCUUUUUAUAGGUUGUAUUGUGUGUGAUCUGUAAGAAAGUUAUUUUCAUCCAGGUCAUUUUAAACAUUUGUUAGUUUCAAAUACUUUUAAAAGAUGCUACAUUAAAUUUUAUUUUUAUAUCAAA